CGCGCGCUGCUCUCUCGCCGUUGCGUAAUUUGACGAGCGGCGCAAAAUGAGCAGAACGGCCGCCUGACAGCUGCCCGCGCGCUUGUGCACUUUGCAUGCAAACAAAAAUAUACAUGUUAUGGUGACGUUAUUUUUUUCUUGACACUUUCCCGACAGUUCCGUCUGCGUUUAUGGCCGCUGCCGCCGUGAAGAAUCGCGCGUGGGUCGCCCCGGCGCAGGACGCGCAGCUCCUCCACAGAGCGGACGGCGCGAGAGGCGAAGAUCAGGUGCUGAGAGAUGCCGUCCAGGGAAGUCCGUCCUCACACGACUACAGUCUGGGUAAAUCGGAGCUGGACUGCUACCUGUGUCCACACCCACCGGAAGUACUGAUUUCCAAAAUGCUGUGUAAAGACGUUCCUUUGCUGGAGCCAAAUUUCAGCGAGGACUUGGCCUCACCUUACAGUUUAAACAUGGGCGCGCUCUUUCCUGAUGACACGCACACGGACCCUGGUCUCUGCAGCCCAUUGAGGCCAUUCAGGACCGAAGCCACCCAUUCUCUGAUGUGCCACACCCGUCAGGACAGCGGUGAACCACCAAGACUCCCAGAAUACCCAGGUGGUGGUUGUAGGCCAGCAGAAAAACCUACUACUAAUGUUUUCAUCAAACAAGAAAUCCCACCUGUAGGUUACCAGGAUGUUCCCCUGUUUCAGCUUUUGAACUCUGAUUCAGAGCAGCUUGUUAUUGGUCCACAGAUGAACUCAGAUUUCUGCAGCAGCAUCCCGGUGGCACCAUUAAGUCUUCCAGGCCAUGCACAGAAUUCAGCUAAGCCUGUUUACAGGCCUCAGAACGGAUGUUUCCCAUUUACUCAUCAACUGAACCAUCGUUGGAAGCCAGUUUAUUUGCCACCUUCUCCACCUAAUUCUGAGCCCCCCAGUCCAGACAGGCGGAAGGACCUUUUUCACAACGUCUCUCCACCACCAUCAUAUGAAGCCAGCAUCGCUUCUAAAUUAACAUUUCAGAUCUGCAAUCCUGAUCCGAAACAGAUUCCCAGUCUGAAUGAAAUCCAAAACCCAGAUCAGGGCUCUAAUGAGAAUUCUGUUGUUAGAUCAGUGCAGAACCCAAGUCCUGGGCCAGUCCAGCGUCCAAGUCUGACACCACUUCAGUCAACACUGAGUACUGGCCCAUUGUCCCCAGUGUUGGCACAGCCGGCUACUUCAAAAAAUAAUCGAAGGAAUAAUCCUGAUCUGGAAAGACGGAGGAUUCACCACUGCCAUGUCCUUGGAUGCAAGAAAGUGUACACAAAGUCUUCUCAUUUAAAAGCUCAUCUACGGACCCACACAGGAGAAAAGCCGUACGAGUGCUCAUGGGAAGGAUGCGAGUGGCGCUUCGCUCGUUCUGAUGAGCUGACUCGCCAUUUCAGGAAACACACGGGGGUGAAGCCUUUCCAGUGUGGAGUGUGUAACCGCUGUUUCUCCCGCUCCGAUCAUCUGGCCUUACACAUGAAAAGACACCAGAGCUAGAAAAUACUUUGUCUAAUUCCACUUCAUUUGGAAAAAAAAAAAGAGGCACUACUUAAGCAUAUUUUUAAAAAAAUAAUUGUUGAAGCUCUUAUAGUAGAUAUGAGGUUUUUGUUUUUGUUUUGUUUUUUUGUUUGUUUAUUUUUUUGGUGAGUUAGGCACCCUUUGGAUGUAUUGUUAACACUACUGACCCACAGCCACAUUCGUGUUAUUUUUAAAACAUAAAGAUGUUACAAUUUCAUUAUUUAUGCCCAAAUGUUUGAUUUUUUUUUUUAUUUUUUUUUUUGUCAAAUGUAAAUAUUGAAUUUAUUCAAGACUAUAUAUUUUCCUUACAUUUGAUAAAUAUAUUGGGGUUUUUUGUUGGUUUCUUACCAAAACCAGUUUUUACAAAACUUGGUAAAAAGGUUAUUUCUGACUUAGAAUAGAAACUGCUACAUUACAAGGAAAUUCUUUACAAAGAAUGGAGCCUGGAAUGUUCACUUAAAGUGAUUAUCAAGGAACAUGGGUUUGAUUUUCUUUUCUAAUUAACACAUUUAACUAACUAUCACUUUGUUCUUAUAGCAAUAAUUUUAGUCUUUUAAAUUUCAUCAAAGUAUGAAGACUUCAGUUUCAUAACCUGUUUAUUCGAGGAACAGUGGAAGGUUUUUUGUUUGUUUUUUUAUUGUCUUCAUUGUGUUUGUUUGUUUUUGUUUUCCCCCCAAUACUCAUUAAAUGCUGUUAAAGGACUUUGAAUUGUAUAAUUCAGUAGUUAAAAUUCCUAUAAAAAAAUAAAAAUUGUUCUUAUGACCUGUAAAUGUCAUUGACAAUAUCUCAUUUUAAUGUCAUUAUAAAAGAAGUGAUCAGAAAUUUUUAAAACUUUCUUGAAGCUGUAUUUGAAAAACAGACUGUAGAUUUUCAUCAUUGGGUUUUCCUGAAAAAAAGUCGACUAGCAUGUUUUGGGGUUUUGUUGUCUUGAGUUGAGCACCUGUUGUUCUGAUUUCGGUUUCAUGUGAUAGUCAUAUCCAUGUGCUCAUCAACCUUCUGAAAGUGCCUUUAACUUUUCUUUUUCUUUUAAUGAAUAAAAGCUAAGCUGCCUUUUGGAUGUUUCAUGAGGUAGUCUGCAAAAGUACUCUGCUCGUAAACUUCUGUCAAUACGACAA